AUGAAGGCAGCAGACAUCAGAUCCUCUCUGCAGAGACCUCUACAGCACAGAGAUCCACACAUGGCUCCUACAAUCACUGCAGCAAUGACCAACUCUCAGGAGCACCUGCCUCUGACCCACAAGCUCAGGAAGCCUCUGGUGGAGAAGUUACGCAGAGAGAGAAUCAACAGCAGCAUUGAGCAGCUCAAGUCUCUCCUGGAUCCAGAGUUCCUCAAACAGCAGCCAGACUCCAAGCUGGAGAAAGCAGACAUCCUGGAGAUGACCGUUUGUGUGCUGAGACGACUGCAGCAGCAGAAUCGUCAGGCUGUGGACUCAGCAGCUGUUGGACAGGGCUACUCCAGAUGUGUCCAAGAGGUGACCCACUUCCUGCGUGAGGAGCAGGUGGAGACACAGUCCCAGAGAAGACUGCUGAACCACUUCAACAAGCUGCAGUCUUCCUGUGAGAAGAAGCUGAGAGAGGCUGACUUCUCUCCUCUGAGCUCCACAGUCCAGACCAGCAGCAGCAAAGACAAGAGUCCAGUGAGCAGCGCCCCCUGGAGGCCGUGGUAGACUCCUACAGGCUGCAGCUGCUACCAGAGACACUGAGAGGACCACGUUGGUCAAAGAUGACUGGAACGGAAUUCUUCUCAAUUCUACAAUGUUCUGAAUUUGUUCUUCUGGUUGAACAGAAGUUAUUUUGUCUCUUUUCUUUGAGGAAGAUGAUAUUUCUUGAGGAAAUGACGUCAACUUUAUCUUUCAAGUUGAGAAAGAGAACGUCUUGUCAUGCAUGUUGCAUGAAGCAAAUCUGAUUGCAUCAGCAAUAAUUAUUAUACCUCACUGUGCUUCAUUUAUUGGUGGAGUGGUGAAAGAUAUGGAUACCAAUGGUAUCUUUGAACUGUUAUUGAUCAUUUUGAUCAGAUACUUCAGAUGUUUUGUUAGAAUUUACUUGAAUCACUUUGAUCAAUCAUAAAAGAUCUAUUGUUGGAUCAAAUUGUUUAUUCUCUUUUCUAAAAGAGAAUUUCUCAGUGACUAUUGUUUUAUUUUAUCAACAUUCUUACAUUUAGCAGUUAUUAACCUGCAUUCACUAUUAAUUUUGAUCUGUUUUAAGAUCAACCUUUGCUGUUUUGCUUUCAUCUGAUUUGAGCAAAUAUUAUCGCUGAGACGUUUUUUGUCUCUUGUCAAAUGUGUUUGUCUUUCAUAAAGACAGUUGAACUGUUAUUGAUCAUUUUGAUCAGAAAGUUUAACUGUUUUUUGUGACAAAUGUUAAAAUAAUUGUAUCUCUUUGAUUACCUCAAAAUUAUCUGUUAUUAGGUCUUAAUUUAAAUCUUUAGUUUUUCUAAAACAUUUACUUAAUGUCACAAUUGUUCAGUGAUACUCUAAUUCCUUAUUACAUGUAAUGUUUUGGUACAAUAUAAUAUAUUGAUGAUAUUUGUUACCUCUAAAUGAAUAAUAAUUAUUACUGUCAAAAGUGUUAAAUGUCAUUUUUGGACUUUAAGUAACUUUAAUUGAUAAUCCAAAAAGUAUUUUCAGAUGAAUGUUUUUUCCUUUUGUGGUUAAAUUUGUUUUCAUUGUCACAGUUUUCCAGUGACAAUAAGAAAUUAGAUGAACAUGUUUUCUUCACUAAGUGAAAAGUAUUUUUAAAGAUAUUGAGUACCAUGUCCUCAAAUAUUAUAAACUGUUUGUCUUUCAUAAAGACGGUUGUUCCUUUACUCUCUGUGAGUACAGUGUGUCUUGCAGAAAUCUACAAGUUGUUGUUGUGAUGAAUCAUCACUUUUAUUCUGAGUUUUCGUUCUUCAUGUGGCUCAUUGUGACUUUGUUUAGUAAACAAUCGCUUCUAACUGAAAA